CCUUGGAGGCUAGUUUUUGGGAAGCCUUUUUUGGGAAUAUUUUCACCCUAUUUUUUUUCUUCUUCAUUUUUUUAGCCAGUAUUCCAGUUGUUGGGAGCUAUUUGGGUGGGCUGCUCCUCCAGGCCUCCGGCCAGGAAACAAAAGAGGGGCUCCCAUGUAAACCCCACACAGUUCAGGGGGGGGAAAACUUCUUCAUAAUUCCCAGAGAAACUUUGUUUCAGUCAGCCAUGUCGCUGGGCGCCGAGAAGAGGGCGGAAAACCGGCUGAAGAGGCUGGAGGACAUGAUCAGAGACCCCCGAUCGGCCAUAAACCUGGAAAGUUUGCUGGACUCCAUAAACGCGCUGGUCUUGGAUCUGGACUACCCGGCACUACGCAAGAACAAGAACAUCGAAACGUUCUUGAACAGAUAUGAGAACGUUAUCGGGGAGCUUCGAAAUCUUCAGAUGAAGUCUGAAGACUUUGAAAAGGUUAAAAUCAUCGGUCGAGGGGCGUUCGGUGAAGUACAGUUGGUCCGACACAAACCCUCACGGAAAGUCUACGCCAUGAAGCUGCUGAGCAAGUUUGAGAUGAUCAAGCGCUCUGACUCUGCGUUCUUCUGGGAAGAAAGAGACAUCAUGGCCUUCGCCAACAGUCCCUGGGUUGUACAGUUGUGCUGUGCCUUCCAAGAUGAGCACUACCUCUACAUGGUGAUGGAGUACAUGCCGGGAGGGGACCUGGUCAACCUCACCAGCACCUACGACAUGCCGGAGAAAUGGGCCAAGUUCUACGCGGCGGAGGUGGUGAUGGCUCUGGACUCCAUCCACUCCAUGGGCUUCAUCCACCGUGACGUCAAACCAGACAACAUGCUGCUGGACAGGCUGGGACACCUGAAGCUGGCCGACUUCGGCACCUGCAUGAAGAUGGACUCUACGGGGAUGGUCCACUGCGACACAGCUGUCGGCACCCCAGACUACAUCUCUCCAGAGGUGCUGAAGUCUCAGGGCGGAGAUGGGUAUUACGGGAGGGAAUGCGACUGGUGGUCCGUAGGCGUCUUCAUUUUCGAAAUGCUUGUGGGCGACACGCCGUUCUAUGCCGACUCUUUGGUGGGAACUUACAGUAAGAUCAUGGACCACAAGAACUCCCUUAACUUUCCUGAUGAUGUGGAGAUCUCCAAAGAUGCCAAGAGUAUAAUCUGUGCCUUCCUGACUGACAGGGACGUGCGGUUGGGCAGAAACGGAGUGGAGGAAAUCAAGCGCCACCCAUUCUUCAAGAACGACCAGUGGACGUUUGACACCAUCAGGGAUACUGUCGCCCCUGUGGUCCCGGAGCUGAGCAGCGACAUAGACACCAGUAAUUUUGACGAGAUCGAAGAUGACAAAGGCGACGUCGAAACAUUCCCCACACCUAAGGCUUUCGUCGGAAAUCAGCUGCCAUUUGUUGGCUUCACCUACUUCAAAGAGGACCAGUUAUUAAGCUCUGCCAACAAUUCCUCAGUGGCUAAUGAUACUUCCAAAGGAGAGUCGGCAGCGCUUCAGAAGAAACUUCACCAUCUAGAGCUCCAGAUGACUAAGGACAAACAAGUCAAAGAUGAUCUGGAGAACAAAUGCAGGGCUGCAACCGUCCGUUUAGAAAAAAUUACCAAAGAACUUGAGGAAGAGGUGAGCAGCAGGAAGGGCCUGGAGUCAAAUCUGAGGCAGCUGGAGCGAGAGAAAGCCCUGCUGCAGCACAAGAGCCUGGAGAGCCACCGGAAGGCCGAGAACGAGGCCGACAGGAAGCGCUGCCUGGAGAAUGAAGUGAACAGCCUUCGAGACCAGCUGGAUGACAUGAAGAAAAGAAAUCAGAAUUCACAUAUUUCCAACGAGAAGAACAUCCACCUGCAGAAACAGCUGGAGGAAGCCAACACGCUGCUGCGGGCCGAGUCCGAAGCGGCGACGCGGCUCCGCAAAGCUCAGACGGAGAACAGCAAGCAGCUGCAGCAGCUGGAGGCCAACGUGCGCGAGCUGCAGGACAAAUGCUGCCUGCUGGAGCGCGGCAAGCUGAGCCUGGAGAAGGAGUGCAUCAGCCUGCAGGCGGCGCUGGAAUCAGAGCGGAGGGAGCACAGCCAGGGCUCAGAGACCAUCAGUGACCUGAUGGGACGCAUUUCUGGACUGGAGGAGGAGGCUCGGCAGCAGAGACAGGCUCUGUCCAAAGCUGAGACUGAGAAGAGGCAGCUUCAGGAGAAAUACACUGAUCAGGAGAAGGAGAUGAGCAACAAAGAGAUCGAGCUGACCUACAAGCUGAAGGUUCUGCAGCAGGAGCUGGAGCAGGAGGAGGCCUCUCACAAGGCCACCAGAGCUCUGCUGGCGGACAAGAGCAAGAUUAAAGUGACCAUCGAGGGCGCCAAGUCCGAGUCCACCAAGGAACUGGAGCGUAAGCUGGCAGAGGAGCGAGCGGCCAAGCUGCGGCUGGAGAACCGAAUCCUGGAGCUGGAGAAACACGGCAGCAUGAUGGACUGCGACUACAAGCAGGCUUUACAGAAGCUGGACGAGCUGCGCAGGCACAAGGACCGACUCACCGAGGAAGUGAAGAACUUGACGCUGAAGAUCGAGCAGGAGACCCAGAAGCGUAACCUGACUGUGAACGACCUGAAGGCCCAGAACCAGCAGCUGAACAUCCUGAGAAGCUCUGAGAAGCAGCUGAAGCAGGAAACCAACCACCUGCUGGACAUCAAGCGCAGUCUGGAGAAGCAGAACCAGGAGCUGCGCAAAGAAAGACAAGACACAGACGGACAAAUGAAGGAGUUACAGGACCAGCUGGAGGCUGAGCAGUAUUUUUCUACACUUUACAAGACUCAGGUUCGGGAAUUAAAGGAGGAAUGCGAGGAAAAAAAUAAACUCUACAAGGAGGUGCAGCAGUCUCUGCAGGAGCUGCAGGAGGAGAGGGACUCCUUGGCCGCCCAGCUGGAGAUCACUCUGACAAAGGCUGACUCGGAGCAACUGGCGCGCUCCAUCGCUGAGGAGCAGUACUCCGACCUGGAGAAGGAGAAAAUAAUGAAGGAGCUGGAGCUGAAGGAGAUGAUGGCUCGGCACCGGCAGGAGCUGGCUGAGAAGGACAUCACCAUCAGCUCGCUGGAGGAGGCCAACAGGACGCUGACCAGUGAUGUUGCCAAUCUGGCCAACGAGAAGGAGGAACUGAACAACAAACUGAAGGAAGCACUUGAAGAGUCUGAUAAGUCGAAGGAUUGGGAGCAGCAGAUCAACCAGAUGAAGCAGUCGUUUGAGAAGCAGCUACAGUCCGAGCGCACGCUGAAAACUCAGGCCGUCAAUAAGCUGGCAGAGAUCAUGAACAGGAAGGAAGUUCGCGGUGGAGGCAGCCGGCGCGGUAACGACACAGACAUGCGGCGAAAGGAGAAGGAGAACAGGAAGCUGCAGCUGGAGCUGAGGUCAGAGAAGGAGAAGCUCAACAGCACCAUGAUAAAGUACCAGAAGGAGAUCAACGAGAUGCAAGCACAACUGGCAGAAGAGAGUCAGAUGCGCAUCGAGCUGCAGAUGGCUCUGGACAGCAAGGACAGCGACAUCGAGCAGCUGAGGAAUCUGCUGCAGACGCUCACCGUUCAGUCCAUGGACUCCGCCAGCCUCAGCAGCGGGCCCGAGUUUGAUACUGAUGAUGCUUAUGCGGAAAUGAGGCUUGAGGGCUGGCUCUCUCUUCCCGUUAGAAACAACACCAAGAAGUUCGGAUGGGAGAAGAAGUACGUUGUCGUGAGCAGCAAGAAGAUCCUCUUCUACAACAGCGAACAUGACAGAGAGCAGUCCAUUCCCUGCAUGGUGCUCGAUAUAGACAAACUUUUCCACGUGAGGCCCGUCACUCAGACAGACGUGUACCGCGCCGAAGCCAAGGAGAUCCCCAGAAUCUUCCAGAUCCUUUACGCCAAUGAAGGCGAGAGCAAGAAGGAGCCAGAGUUCCCCGUGGAGCCGCUCCCCAUCGGGGAGAAGUCCAGCUACAUCUGCCACAAAGGCCACGAGUUCAUCCCCACGCUCUACCACUUCCCCACCAACUGCGAGGCGUGCACCAAGCCGCUGUGGAACAUGUUCAAGCCGCCGCCUGCUCUGGAGUGCCGGCGCUGCCACAUCAAGUGCCACAAGGACCACAUGGACAAGAAGGAGGAGAUCAUCGCUCCCUGCAAAGUGAACUACGACGUGUCUACAGCCAAGAACCUGCUGCUGCUGGCCUCCUCCCAGGAGGAGCAGCAGAAGUGGGUGAGCCGGCUGGUCAAGAAGAUUCCCAAGAAGCCGCCACCCGCGGAGCACUUUGGUCGCUGCUCGCCACGCACCUCCAUGAGAGUUCAGUCCAGCCAGUCCAUGAGGAGGCCGAGCCGACCGCUCCCCGCCAGCAAAAGCAGUUAACCCUGCUUGAUGCAUCUCCGAGGUGGUGCGGCCCGUUUCCUUCGAACGCUCCCAUCUGCAGGCCAGGAACUCCACGUCAAUUCGCCUCAAUCCGUCUCCUGCUGCAUCCGGCGAGGAGAAGCUCUCCACUCUCUCUGUGCCGCUCGGCUCCUUCCAGCCACCUCACAACUAACCGAGCCAGACUGGGCUCUAUUCUGUGACCUGGAUGGCUUGUUAACAAAGCCCGCCGUGCUUGUGGAGCAGCUCCUUCUGCUCCCACAGAAAACAGGAGAGCUCUUUGGAGAGGCUGGGUGGAUGGAUGGGGAUUCACUUUAGCCCCAAUGAUUCUCACCAGGAAACCAGGAAGCAGCCUGAUGGAGGGGAGCCUGCAGGGGAAAAAGCCCUGCACAUCACCUUUGGAGGUUCUAGUGGCCAAAAAGAAGACGUUCUGCUUAAAAAACUGUGAACAGUUUGAAGGGUUUAAAGGGGAACAUGACACUUAAAAAGGAUUUUUUUUUUUUUUUUUACCCUCCCAAAUGUAUUUGUCCUCUCAACAUGAUGAUUGUAGCUUUUUCGCUUUCCACAGCUCUGGUUUCAGGUGAGUCACAAGAUCCGAAUUAAGGUACAAGAAGCUGUUACUUCACAGAGAGUCGUCAAGUGAGGGAGGACAGGGUGUCUGAAUACUUCUACUUCGGAGUAAAUACUUCUCUGGGUGCCUGUUGUUAUGAUUUCUGUCACUGAAACACUUGUUUCGUCUGCAGUAGCGGUUGCAAGGUGAGCGGCGUCCCGCUCCGACGGCAUUAAACGGAGGAAUCCCUCACGUCACAAACCCGCACUGUCAGAUGAUGUUUACUUAAAAGCACCGUUCAUGUUUAUCUUUUUCUCUUUGUUCUGUUUGAAUGUAGAUCUGGUGUUCUACCAGAAGCGGCACCCAGGCAUCGUAUUACCAAAAUAUACUUGACUGAGGCUUUUAUUUUGACAUCAGCUGCUUCGAGUGAACUUGCAUGCUUUCCACACGGCGUCACCCUGCCACAGGUUGUUUUUUGAAAGCGGCAGUGACGAUGGAGGUAUGCAAACGUCGUCCUGAGCAGCACUAAGUCCACUGACGGUUUUGUCCUGGUAUUUUUUUUUUUUUUUUUUGUAUUAAAAGUCAUCGAACUUCCAAGUUCAAACAUUUUGUCGUGUGUCUGCGGCUCAUACAAGCACCUGGAGAGUGAACCGUGUGUUUUUUUUUUUUUUUUUGUGUAACGACAGCUCUCCUUUAACCAAGAAGCAUGUUUUAUACAUAUAAAUAUCCACAGUAUAUAUUUUACAUGCCGUACUGUGCACAUUAUAUUAUUUAUACAGCCUUGUCCACUUUGUAUUUAAGGGCCUUUACAUCCAGAUUGCAUGUUUGCUACCAAACAGCUCUAUAAUGAUGAUAAUGAUAUUAACCACUUAUCAAAAUAAAGAAAUGGAUGUGC